AUGAUGCGCCGCUUCGCAACGCUCCUGGCCGUCGCCGGCACGGCGCUCGCCGCGUGCAACGGCCGCGACGAGUACUGCGGCCGCAAGUACUCCAACAUCACGUACAUGGGCGCGCACGACAGCGCCUUUGUCGGCGAGCUGCCCACGCACAACCAGUACGUCUCCGUCGCGGCGCAGCUCGACCUCGGCGUGCGCUUCCUGGAGGCGCAGACGCACGCCAAGAACGGCACCAUCGAAAUGUGCCACACGUACUGCUGGGAGCUCGACGAGGGCACGCUCGGCGAGUACCUGCAGGAGCUGGCGGCGUGGAUGGACGGCCACGCCGAUGAGGUCGUCACGCUGCUGCUGACCAACGGCGACAAGAUCCCCGUGCAGGACUUUGACGCGGCGUUUGAGGGCGCGGGCCUGACGAAGCAUGUGCUGCACCCGACCAAGGUCAUGGCCAGGGAGGAGUGGCCGACGCUGCAGGAGAUGAUUGAUGCCGGCACGAGGCUUGUUGUUUUUAUGGACUACAACAUGGACCAGACCAAGGUCGACUACAUCAUCAACGAGUUUGACUACUUUUGGGAGACGCCGUACGGCGUCACCGACAAGACGUUUCCGACGUGCGUCGUCGACCGCCCGCCCAACGGCGACACGGGCAAGCUCAUGGGGCUGAUGAACCACAUGCUCAACUACAAGAUUGGCGACAUUGUCUUUCCGGACCAGGUCGACGCCGCCGAGACAAACUCCAAGGCGUCUAUCCAGGCGCAGGUGGACCGGUGCGUCGCGGCGUGGUCGCAUCAGCCCAACGUAGUACUGCUCGAUUGGGUGAAUAUCGGCGAGGUGGCUGCCGAGGGGCUUGCUCUCAAUGGGCUGUCGUGA